AUGGCCCGGGCCAAGCUCCGCAGCUCGCCCGCGGAGAGCGGCGCGCGCGGCAAGACGGCGCCGCCGGCCACGCCGGACGACGGCCACGGCGUGAGCCCCUUGCUGCCGGCCCGCAGGAUGGGCUCCCUGGGGAGCGACGGCGGACAGAGGCCUCAUGCCGAGGAUUUCAGUGCGGACUCCUCCUUCUCGCAGGUGCAGGUGGAGUUCUACGUGAACGAGAACACCUUCAAGGAGCGCCUCAAGCUCUUCUUCAUCAAGAACCAGCGCUCAAGCCUCAGGAUCCGGCUCUUCAACUUCUCCCUCAAGCUGCUCACCUGCCUGCUCUACAUCGUGCGYGUGCUGCUCGACAACCCCGAGGAGGGCGAGAGCUGCUGGGAAUGCGACAAGCAGAACCUCACGCUCUUCAACCAGUCCACCCAGAUCAACUGGUCCCAUAUCUUCUGGGUGGAUAGAAAAACGCCCCUGUGGGCUGUCCAGGUCAGCAUAGCUCUGAUCAGCUUCCUCGAGACCAUGCUGCUCAUCUAUCUCAGCUACAAGGGGAAUAUCUGGGAACAGAUUUUUCGCAUUUCCUUCAUCCUUGAAAUGAUCAACACAGUGCCCUUUAUUAUCACCAUAUUCUGGCCUCCUUUACGGAAUUUAUUCAUUCCGGUUUUCCUGAACUGCUGGCUUGCCAAGUAUGCCCUGGAGAACAUGAUAAAUGACCUGCACCGAGCCAUACAAAGGACCCAGUCUGCRAUGUUUAACCAAGUGCUCAUUCUCAUCUGCACCCUGCUGUGCCUGGUUUUCACGGGCACUUGCGGCAUCCAGCACUUAGAAAGAGCAGGAGAAAAGCUCUCCCUCUUCAAGUCCUUCUAUUUCUGCAUUGUCACCUUCUCCACUGUGGGCUACGGCGACGUGACACCGAAGAUUUGGCCUUCUCAGCUCCUGGUUGUUAUAAUGAUUUGUGUUGCACUGGUUGUGCUGCCACUUCAGUUUGAGGAGCUGGUCUACCUGUGGAUGGAGCGGCAGAAGUCGGGGGGCAACUACAGCCGCCACCGUGCCCAGACGGAGAAGCACGUGGUGCUGUGUGUCAGCUCGCUSAAGAUCGAUCUGCUCAUGGACUUCCUCAACGAGUUCUACGCCCACCCGCGCCUGCAGGACUACUACGUGGUGAUACUGUGCCCAACRGAGAUGGAUAUCCAAGUGCGGCGAGUCCUUCAGAUUCCCCUGUGGUCGCAGCGAGUGAUUUACCUCCAGGGCUCGGCGCUGAAGGACCAGGAUCUCAUGCGAGCCAAGAUGGACAAUGGAGAAGCCUGCUUCAUCCUGAGCAGCCGGAACGAGGUGGACCGCACGGCAGCGGAUCAUCAGACCAUCUUGAGAGCCUGGGCUGUGAAAGAUUUUGCUCCAAACUGUCCCCUCUACGUGCAGAUCCUGAAGCCCGAGAACAAGUUUCACGUCAAGUUUGCUGAUCACGUCGUGUGCGAGGAGGAGUGCAAAUACGCCAUGCUGGCGCUGAACUGCGUGUGCCCGGCCACCUCYACGCUCAUCACGCUGCUGGUGCACACCUCGCGCGGACAGGAGGGCCAGGAGUCCCCGGAGCAGUGGCAGAGGAUGUACGGGCGCUGCUCGGGCAACGAGGUCUACCACAUCCGCAUGGGCGACAGCAAGUUCUUCAUGGAGUACGAGGGCAAGAGCUUCACCUACGCUGCCUUCCACGCGCACAAGAAGUACGGAGUCUGCCUGAUCGGCAUCCGUCGGGAAGAGAACAAGAGCAUCCUGCUGAACCCGGGGCCACGCCAUAUCAUGGCUGCGUCCGACACCUGCUUCUACAUCAACAUCACCAAGGAGGAGAACUCGGCCUUCAUCUUCAAGCAGGAGGAGAAGCAGAAGAAGAAGGGCUUUGCAGGCAGCUAUGACGGCCCUUCGCGCCUGCCCGUGCACAGCAUCAUCGCCAGCAUGGGUACAGUAGCCAUGGACCUGCAAAACACUGAGUGUCGCCCCAUCAACAGCAGCAAGCUGGCGCUGCCGGCCGAGAACGGCGCGGGCACGCGGCGGCCCAGCAUCGCGCCCGUGCUCGAGCUGGCCGACACCUCCUCGCUGCUGCCCUGCGACCUGCUCAGCGACCAGUCGGAGGACGAGAUGACGCAGUCGGACGAGGAGGGCUCGGCCGUGGUGGAGUAUGUCAAAGGCUACCCGCCAAACUCGCCGUACAUCGGGAGCUCGCCAACUCUGUGCCACCUUUUACCCGAGAAAGCUCCUUUCUGCUGCCUGCGGCUGGACAAGGGCUGCAAACACAACAGCUUUGAAGACGCCAAGGCCUACGGGUUUAAGAACAAACUGAUUAUAGUUUCGGCAGAGACUGCCGGGAACGGGCUCUAUAACUUCAUCGUCCCGCUUCGUGCGUACUAUCGGUCCCGAAAAGAGCUAAACCCCAUCGUGUUGCUUCUGGACAACAAGCCAGAGCACCACUUCUUGGAAGCAAUCUGCUGUUUCCCUAUGGUUUACUACAUGGAAGGCACAAUCGAUAACCUGGACAGCUUGCUGCARUGCGGGAUCAUUUAUGCGGACAACCUGGUGGUCGUGGACAAGGAGAGCACCAUGAGUGCCGAAGAGGACUACAUGGCGGACGCCAAGACGAUUGUCAACGUCCAGACCAUGUUCAGGCUCUUCCCCAGCCUUAGCAUUAUCACGGAGCUGACCCAUCCCUCCAACAUGAGGUUCAUGCAGUUCAGAGCAAAGGACAGUUACUCCUUAGCCCUUUCCAAGCUAGAGAAGAAAGAGCGGGAGAACGGCUCCAACCUGGCGUUCAUGUUCCGGCUGCCCUUCGCCGCCGGCAGGGUCUUCAGCAUCAGCAUGUUGGACACGCUGCUCUACCAGUCGUUCGUGAAGGACUACAUGAUCAGCAUCACCAGGCUGCUGCUGGGCCUCGACACCACGCCGGGCUCGGGCUACCUCUGUGCGAUGAAAAUCACCGAGGAUGACCUGUGGAUCCGGACGUACGGCCGCCUCUUCCAGAAGCUCUGCUCAUCCAGUGCCGAGAUUCCCAUUGGUAUUUAUAGGACAGAGUCGCACAUGUUCGCCACCUCCGAGCCUCAUGACAUCAGAGCGCAGUCACAGAUCUCCAUCAACGUGGAGGACUGCGAGGACACCAAGGAYGUGAAGGAGCACUGGGGCAUCAAGACGGGCCACCACCGCAACUCGUGCUCCAGCGACCAGUCGGAGCACCCGCUGCUGCGGCGCAAGAGCAUGCAGUGGGCCCGGCGCCUGAGCCGCAAGGGCAACAAGCACGCGAGCAAGACAGCCGAGUGGAUCAGCCAGCAGCGCCUGAGCCUCUACCGGCGCUCCGAGCGCCAGGAGCUCUCCGAGCUCGUCAAAAACCGCAUGAAGCACCUGGGCUUGCCCACCACGGGGUAUGAGGAUGUAGCAAAUUUAACAGCCAGUGAUGUGAUGAAUCGGGUAAACCUGGGAUAUUUGCAAGACGAGAUGAACGACCACCAGAACACGCUCUCCUACGUGCUCAUCAACCCGCCGCCCGACACGCGCCUGGAGCUCAACGACAUCGUGUACCUGAUCCGCUCGGACCCGCUGGCGCACGUGGCCAACGAGGGCCAGAGCCACAAGAGCAGCUGCAGCGCCCGCCGCGGCCCCCGCAGCCCCGACACCCGCGACGAGACGCAGCUCUGAGCUCUGAGCGCGCCUCGCUGCGGGAAGGGGAGGGCGGAGACCUCACCACGCGCCC